GAUCCUUUGCCUCCAGGACACCUUAAGGUGAGAGUAAGAUCUCUGGCUGGAUGGAAUCGGCCUAGAGGAGUGUAAGGCAGCCAUGGACAUGGAGUACGAGCUACUCAAUGAGAGCCGCCCGUGGCUUUCCCCUCCCUUUGACCUCAAUGGCUCUGUGGUGGCGGCCAACGGCUCCAACCAGACAGAGCCAUACUAUGAUCUGACCAGCAACGCAGUCCUCACGUUCAUUUAUUUUGUAGUCUGCAUCAUUGGAUUGUGUGGCAAUACGCUUGUCAUUUACGUCAUCCUCCGCUAUGCCAAGAUGAAGACCAUCACCAACAUUUACAUCCUCAACCUGGCCAUCGCGGACGAGCUCUUCAUGCUGGGUCUGCCCUUCCUGGCCAUGCAGGUGGCUCUGGUCCAUUGGCCCUUUGGCAAGGCCAUCUGCCGGGUGGUCAUGACUGUGGAUGGCAUCAAUCAGUUCACCAGCAUUUUCUGCUUGACAGUCAUGAGCAUCGAUCGAUACCUGGCUGUGGUCCACCCCAUCAAGUCGGCCAAGUGGAGGAGACCCCGAACGGCCAAGAUGGUCAAUGUGGCUGUGUGGGGAGUGUCUCUGCUGGUCAUCUUGCCCAUCAUGAUCUAUGCUGGGCUUCGGAGCAACCAGUGGGGGAGAAGCAGCUGUACCAUCAACUGGCCAGGUGAAUCUGGGGCAUGGUACACAGGGUUCAUUAUCUACACCUUCAUCUUGGGGUUCCUGGUGCCCCUCACCAUCAUUUGUCUUUGCUACCUGUUCAUUAUCAUCAAGGUGAAGUCCUCUGGGAUCCGCGUGGGUUCCUCCAAGAGGAAAAAGUCUGAGAAGAAGGUCACCCGGAUGGUGUCCAUAGUGGUGGCCGUCUUCAUUUUCUGCUGGCUCCCCUUCUACAUAUUCAAUGUCUCCUCCGUGUCUGUGGCCAUCAAUCCCACCCCAGCGCUUAAAGGCAUGUUUGACUUUGUGGUGGUCCUCACCUAUGCUAACAGCUGUGCCAACCCUAUCCUGUAUGCCUUCUUGUCUGACAACUUCAAGAAGAGCUUCCAGAAUGUCCUCUGCUUGGUCAAGGUGAGCGGCACAGAUGACGGGGAACGGAGUGACAGUAAGCAGGACAAAUCCCGGCUGAAUGAGACCACAGAGACCCAGAGAACCCUCCUCAAUGGGGAUCUCCAGACCAGUAUCUGAACUGCCUGAAAAAUAAAUAGAAUAAAACGCCAAGCUCUGCCAAGUGGCAAUAUGCUCCCUGCCCCCAUGCCUUCCCUUCCUCUUGCCCAUCACACCUGGCUUCUAGAAUAGGGAAUUGCUCAGCAUGAGUCCAAUCAGAGAAGAGUGUUUGAGUCUGCUUGUCUGAGUGAAUGAUAAUGUAUUAAAUUGAUUACCUCCCCCUUAAAGCGAACAUUUAAAUGCAGGCAGACAAUUCCAAGUCAGGAGAAGAAGAGAUCAUGCCUGGGUAUGAUCUGUAGAAAUGGUGACGCUCAACAAAGAUAGGAAAGUACGUCUGCAUGUUCAAAACCUAAUAUGUAAUCUUGUGGUCUUAACGUUUAUACUUAUCUAUUCUAUUCCUCUCUAGUCCCUGUACAGUCAUUCCUACGUUCCCUGUGUUCAAGUACACGAGUAGCGAGUUGAAGUGUGCAUAGUAUAGGUGGACAUUUGUUACAAUAUGGAACCCACAGAAGUGGACUUACCAUGAAGCCAAUAAAGUUUAAGCUUCAGGGAUCUCACAUGCUUGGGCAGUAUUUUCACAUGACCACAUGUUUUCGUAAAAAAUUGUAAAAGGAAGAUAUUUUUGUAUUCUUUUUCUUAAAGACAUCUCCUUAAAGCUUCCAGCCUCUCAAACCCACCUCUGCCCCCUGGGUAUUUGCUUCUAUUUAAUUUCCAGCAAGUUGGAUCAGAGUGAGAAAGGCAAAGGAGUUAUU